AUGUCCGGCCUCGACAUGAAUCUUUAUAAUGCCGAAGAAGAUGACCGGCCAUACCCUUCUGAUUCCGACCAGAUAGAUAUCCAUGGUGGUCCUCCACACCUGCCGUCACAGGUCGGCGACGAAACAUUCGACGUGGAAGAUGAGCCUGGCGCAGGAGUCGAGAAUGUUGGUGCCAGUACUUACGGAGAAUGGGAAGUGGUGCCCCAAGAUCCAGACUGGGACAUGGUUCCCCACGACGAGGGCCUCGAUUCACGGCAGGCCUUUAAACGAGAGGCGCCACUAAAAGCAAAUUGGGUCGUGUGUGAGAAGGGAAGGAAUGGGGAAGUGCAAAUGUUCGAGGUUUCUCAGUCGAAACACACAGAUGUGUCGUCAGCGUCGACCGAGAACAGCGAUCUGAAGUCAGUCUCUUCCCCUGAUUUCGGCGAGGGCGCCACUACGCCAAUUGGGAUGCGAGUGUCCGCAAGGCCCGACCCAGAGGAUGCAUCACAGAUGACACGAGAAAGGAACUCUGAUACUCUAGUGUUAGAAAGCCAAACCCCGCCGUCGAGUCAAACCUCAUCCAGGCUGGGCCCGUCGAAUCCAGCCCCAUUGAGACGGUCCGAUGAGCGACUUCGUCCUGAGAUGAAAGUCCGGUCACGCCAGUUGAAAUCGACUCCGGCGCGAGCUGGGGCUCGAAAAGAUGGCAGCGGGAAUGCACCGCAAUCAGUCCCGACCCGCAUUUCGACCGGUCACAUCGCCAGGCCGAAUCCCAACCAUAAUCCCAAUAAGACCCGACCAUUUUCACCCGAUGAAAAAGAGCUGCCAUUCCCAGCUCCAAAAGCAGCCGCUGUCGCGGCCCAGGAUUCCAGACGACAAAGGCAUUGUCAAAUCGCCGACCAGCUGCGGAUGCAGGCUGACUAG